CUUAACAAUCGGUUUUUUUUCCUAUUUCUGCGGCGAUUUUCAAACUUGGACCCUGAUGCGAGAUUUAACAGAUUUGGAAGACUCGUACCAUGAUAGAUUAAUUAAUCUCAAUUAUGGCCACGAUGAUUUGUUAAAGUUUUGGUCGCGGGGAGCGAGAAGACAUUGAAUUGCAUCCAUGGUAAUUUGGAGAGUACCGUCCUAUCGUAUGGUCGAUUUUCAAUGUGCAUAAGAGUGGGGAAUUCUGGAGAUGUCCGAAGCGUUAGAAAUUUGCGUACCAAACGCAUUUGGUUUGUCAUCUUGUCAGUCGGCCUGUUACAAGGCUCUACUCAAGCACAUUUUAACGAUUCGUUCAAAUCAUCUUCAAAUCUACUUUCAACGAAUCUGACUGAUACCAGAAAAGAUGGAAUCCACCCUUUCCAUGUACAAUCAUCUUCAUUAAGACAAAACCUUAAAGAUGAACGUCGUUUGGAUGUUUCCUUCGCAAAAGAAAUCAGAAGGCGUUCGACGAAAGCCAAACACCAUGUUGUGUCUGAUAAAGUACCACUCGAAACAAUAAAUUCUAAUGUCACGUUCACUGUUAAAGCGCAGCGGAUUCCUUCAGAUAAUGUCACCCAUUUCUCUCAUAGUGUCACACACUUUUUUAAUUUAACACGCUCUUUAAAUGAUUUUAACAAAAUUGGAAGUGCCUUACAUACUUCUCGUGGUAAUUCUAGUCCCGAAAUACAAGCCUCUAUUGGGGAAAGAUCGAAGGAAGGUGGCAAAAGAAGAGCCAAGAGGGGCCUGAAACUAUCGUUAAAUAAACCAGAUCGGUCAAAGCUUCCCUCACAUUAUGAACGAGAGAGAACAAGCGACAAAGCUAAAACACACUUUGAUUCUAGGGAAAAGAAGAGGAGAAAAUACUCGUCAACAGUCAUCAGCGAGCGACAUCAUCGUACACGUUCAAAACAUCACGAAAGAAGCCUGAGGAGAUUUAAGCGUAAAACUGCCGUUUCUGAUGAGGAUGAACUUAAGCAAGAACGUUCUGUGAAGAGGAUACGAUCUCUGUAUCAUCUUCCGCUUCGUCUUGGUGGUGAACGAGUUUUACUGAGAUUCAAACGUAAGUCGAUUCCGGGACAGGGCGAUGAGGUGGCACCGUCCAGCGACAUUAAAGAACAUAAAGAGAAACAACGCCCUCAAACAACCCAUAAGAAACAUAUAAAGCCUCGAAGUGUAUUUAAAGGAAAAUCAUCUACAGUUUCCUUAAAUGGGAUCAUAAAGGGAGAUUUCCUGAAAGAAACAGAGUGGAGGGCACCAAGUGAUACAACAAAUUCUUACAGCAAGGCUCUUGUUGACAGAAAUGUCAUUCCUCAUGCGACAUAUGAUCCAGUAAUAUACGGGGCAAAGAGCUCUUCUCGGUCAUUGAAUCCAGCUAGACUAUCCUCGAUUCCCAAGGAAUACAGUGCAAUUAGCAACCGGAGACAGAGCGUUUCUAGCAUCAACAAAGCUCUUUAUCCCCCUGCGUCGACACUGAGUAAUCAAGCCAUAGCUUUGAAAUCAGAGCCAAGGACACCACAAAUUGCCUCUCUCUGGAGCACAGAUUUUCCGCAAAACGCACCAGUUCUCAAGCAAUUAAAUAUUCCGCAUCCAGUGAGAUAUGGAUACGGUGCUGGACAGCAACAGAAAAACAGUUUACAAAACACCGAGGAUCAGAAUAAAAAGCAGUUUAUUCCCGCUUCACAGCGUUCUCCGUACGGUUAUGGACAUCAAUUCAAUUACCAGCCCCGGUUUAUUAAAUCGCAGAUGGCGCUCGCAGGUGGCAACCCACGAAUCAUUUCCUUUCCUAAAAUGGGAUCAAUCAAACCAUUGCCUUUUUCUCGAGAGGGGGCAAGAAUGAAUCCAGAAUGGCCUGUAGCCUCGCCUACGGUGAACUUUCACAAUCCAUUAAACUUUGGAAACGGUUUUUUACAGCGAUCACGUGUUCCUGAAGGGCUUGUCUUGUACUUGAAUUUUGAGAAUGUGCAAAAUGGUAGAGCAGCGGUUGCAUCUUUGAAGGGAGAUGUGACAGGCACGGACAAGCGAACAGAGAUCACAAAGUUUUUCGGAUCAUGCGGUAAAGUUGCAAGGAUAAACAACGGAAGCGAGAUACUUCUGGACGGAAAAAAGUUGAAGAUGAAGCCCCGUCAGGCCGUAAGUAUUGCAGCGUGGAUAAAACUCGACUCUAACAAAGGUUAUCACUCGAUAUUCGACACAGUAGGUGGCCAUUCAAUGCAUCAGAAAGGACAAUAUCAUUUCGAAAUUCAAGAUGGCAGCCUUCGGUGGUUCCACAGGAAUGAAACUGGGGUUACAAUCUUCAGCGUUGAAACAGAUCCCAUAAUUCCUGCAAAUGUUUGGAACCAUGUGGUCGGCACGUAUGACGCGCGCACAGGUAUCGCCAAGAUUUUUGUCAAUGGACGACUAAAAGCUGAGGCAGCCGGGAAGGGUCUCUUGUCUCAAGACUGGGAUGCACAUGCUGGAAUCGGAAAACACAAAAACCAAAGGUUUCUCCAGGGAGAAGUGGACGAGUUUAGGAUUUACAACAAGGCUUUGCCGCAGAGCGAAAUUGUGAAACUCAUGAAAGUGUGCAGUUUUGAAAGAGUUUGUGGCGGCCUUUUUAAUAGUCCAAAAGGCAUUUUGGAAUCACCGGAAUGGCCCAAAAGCUAUAAAGGGAAAACGUCCUGUACUUGGCAUCUAUCUGUUGAUCCGAGUGAGAAAAUCACGCUAAGUUUUAAACGCUUCAGUUUGGAUGAAGAUGGAACGUGCAAAAAGGCCAAACUUGUAGUUAGAGAUGGAAGCAGAGAAAAUUCGGAGGCACUCGGGGUUUACUGUGGAACCAAGUGGCCGUCAGGGAUAACAUCUAGUGGGAAUCAUUUGUUGGUACAGUUUACCAGUACUGCGGGAGGGAAAGGGAAAGGUUUUCUCAUCUCUUACAACACAGAAACCUUCCACCAGACCAAGAAAACUGAAAGACCACCGACACCCACACAAGCUGACGACUCGCAGAGAUGCGCCGUUACCAGACCCGAAUAUAAUGUUACACUAAUCGGCGGCAUCAAAUCUGGGAUCUUCUCUGAGGCAAAGCACGUGCACGACAUGGACUUGUGCACGAGACAUUGUUGUUUACGAAAGUCGUGCGACCUAGCCUUCAUGAUCCGAGACUCGUGCUAUUUGGUGAAAUGUACCAGUCAGAGUUUAUGUAAGACCAAACCGGCGCGACCUUCAAGUAUGAACCCCAGGAUCACUUUCGUAUCACACUUACGGUCGAUGACACCCGAACCAGAACUGUCUGUGGAUGGAAGCGCUUACAACAAAGCCAUCACCUCAAGUAUAUCCAAACCAACAACUCUGCCCGCAAAGGAACAACGUGUUUGUCACCACACGGCUGUAAGCUACAACGUUACUCUGGUCGGCGGUAUCAACGCUGGAAAAUUCAGCACGUAUGGUGGAGCCCGCAAUAUCGAUGAGUGCAUAGGUCAUUGUUGCCGUGAAGACAAGUGCGACGUCGCGUUUAUGAUCCAGGGAAAUUGUUACGCGGUGGAAUGUACGGAUGCGGAGGGGUGUCAGGUGAAGCGAGCAAAACCUUCCGCUUACAACCCUACUGUGGCAUACGUAUACCGUGGCAAUGAAAGACCGAUAGGGGAUCCUUUACCGGGUGCUGAAAAGCCAAGCCCAGACGCGUGCGAUAAGUUGACCGUCAGUAACACCAUAUUUAACGCGACACUUCGCGGGGGAAUCAAGUCAGGAAACUUUACUGACAAGGGCGUGGUCAAGCACAUGAACGAAUGUUCAGCUUAUUGCUGCGCAGACGCACAAUGCAACGUGGCUUUUCUAAUCCGAGACAACUGUUUCUUAGUAUCGUGUAAAGACUAUGAGUCUUGCCAAAUAAAACCAGCUCUUUCUGAGUAUUAUCACCCAAGACUGGCUUAUGUGAACUGGAGUCCGCCCGACGACGAAAUCCCAGCCCACAGGUGGUAUGCGUCCUUAGGCUGCUGGAAAGACACGGAAACGUUUGCAGUUACCCCUUUGGAAGGCGCAGAUCCUCUACUAACAGAGCCCUAUCUCACGCGAAAGAAGCCUAUUGACACAUGCGCACAAGUAGCAAGGAAGCAUGACUUCAGAGUUUUUGCCAUCCAGAAUGGCGGAGCCUGCCUGAGCGGACCGACAGCGGGGAGAAUGUUUAACCAGUUUGGCGAGUCGUCAUCUUGUAAGGCGGGAAAGGGAGGUUUGUUCGCCAAUGACGUCUACCGACUGACAGAUUUUGGAUACAUCUCACUUGGUUGCUGGAACGACUCUGGUGUUCAUGCCAUACCUGUAAUGGAGCACUCAGAUAAAAAAUUAGACGAUUUUUACAAAUCACGCUUGGAUCCACUGCGCAAGUGUGGAGAGGUGGCGCGAAAGCGAGGCUACCCGGUGUUCGCCCUUCAGCGAGGAGGAAUGUGCUUUGGUGGACCCCGUGCUGAAAUUGACUAUAAAACGUACGGAAUAUCAAGGAGAUGCCGCGAUGGACUGGGUGGAACUUACGCCAAUAGCGUUUAUAGACUAAUAGAUAACUUAGAAGUGGAGCCAACAGAAAGCACAAACAACUUCACAUCCCCUUCUAGUGCCACGGGCAGCUCAACCUCCAGCACUGCGACCACAGGAAUCUCGUCAAGCACGUCAUCCAGCGACUUCACCCCAACCACGUUCAGUGGAACACAAAGAUCACCCACCACUUGGCCGUCGCCAACACCUGAAAUCCAAGAAAACUACCUUACUCUUCAAAACGGCUUGCCACACAAGAACACCUAUACAGCGGGUGAAAUUCUGUACAACGUAACACUGAAGUAUGGUAUCAAAACAGGAAAGUUUAGCGACAAAGGGAAAGUCGGGAACAUGUCCGAAUGCGUGCGCGCUUGUGGAAGAAUGGAAACUUGUAGUCUUGCGUUUAUGCUAGGGAAACAAUGCUUCGCCGUAGCGUGUUAUAGUGAUGCUCUGUGCCUUACAAAACCUGCGUUUUCGCCCUUUUACAAGCCACAGAUAGCGUUUGUGAAGCACACGAAGGAGAUUGUCUCAGCAAACAAAUCCAAACCUUCAGAGGUUUCCCAAUGCCGCGCAAGUGCAGCUCACAAUGACGUCACACUGGUUGGUGGGAUAAACGCGGGAAAGUUUACUGAUCUCGGUAACGCUGACAAUAUGAGUAUUUGCACACAGCGGUGCUGCAUGAAAAACGCAUGCGAUGUGGCGUUCAUGCUCGAAAACGAAUGCUACGGUGUGAGCUGCUUGAAUGAAUCACUGUGCGAGUCACGUCCCGCAAGAAAUCCCGCAAGGUACAACCCGCGAAUAGUUUAUGUGUAUCACGACAAAAAGAAAGAUAACGUGUUAAACCAGCCAAAACUUAAGGCUGUCCUGAAAAUCAUCAAGGGCCUCUUGUACGGAAAGAAGCCACAAAAACAGACUGCAGUAAACUUUAUACCUGUGAGUAAGAAACACGUCGAUGGCACUGACUUCUUUGUGGAAACAGACGUAAAUACUGACAUAAACAAUGACGUAAGCGAUGACACUGGUGAUAAUCACUCGAUGAGUAAAAAAAUAGACGAAAAUUUUUCCACCGAUAUGUUUACGCCAACGACGCCUCAAAUGCGGUUUGAAACACUCGUAGCGAAUAUGAAAGGAGGACAAAUGGGCAUGUAUGCUCUGCCAGUCUUUCAUGUUGAAGAUCAGUCCGAAAGGGGCUCAUCUACGACAACUGCUACUGCGACACCAGCUAAAGAAGUAGACUCUGUUAAAACAACUCAGAUAACACCCCCGCGGAGUAUUCUGGGUGUGUUCACGAAGGACACGGAUUCUUUUAUUCACGAGCUUUCAAAUACGCAUCAUACGACUGUUGACAAAGUUUUGAAGGUGCUUCUCCACAAGUUUCUUCAUGAAAUUGUCAAUAGAAACAAACACAGUAGGAAGUGGAAAGAUGAAGACAACAAAGGACGUCCAGAUGACUAUGAGAACGUUAACGACGCCCUUAAGUCACUUAGUAACGCAGACUUAGACAGAUUUGCUGACUAUGCAAGAUUACAUUUAACGCACAGACAGAACUCUCAUACUUCACAAGCGUCACCCCAACCGAAAAGCGUGUGCUGGGACGGUGAAAUUUUGUACAAUUACACUUUGGUUGGGGGUAUCAAUGCUGGAACAUUCAGUGAUAAUGGGAAAACCACAAACAUGGACAUAUGCAUGCAGUUCUGUUGCAAGCGAGACUCCUGUGAUCUGGCAUUUAUGAUUGAGGACGAUUGUUACUCAGUGUCAUGUAACAGCAAUGGGGCUUGUGAGCCAAGAAAGGCACGGCCUACCCAUUAUCUUCCUCGCAUUGCCAUAAGGAAGAAACCUCAGGGAAAUUACAACGUCAAAGGUAUUUUUACUGACAUGACAUCAACACCUCUCACUGCAACUCCGCUGACAUCAUCAGUGUCACAAUCUUCGUCCCCAACGCCCGCCACUUCUCCUUCUCCCACUCUAUCAACAAUUUCAGAAGUUCACCAAGCUGAUUCCACAGCUAACCCAAUUGUUAAAGUGGCGCACUCGUGCGACGCCACACCAAUCGAGUACAACGUCACCCUUAAAAUGGGACUCCACUCUGGAGUCUUUCAAAAAGUUGGUCGGGUAGACUCCAUGGAUGACUGCAUAGAGAUGAGCUGUAAAGAGCCACGUAGCGACGUUGCUUUCAUGUUAGGCAGCAUGUGUUAUGCCGUGCACUGUUACAGCGCUGAUCUUUGUAAGACUGUCCCUAUCUUCGGUUCAAGUAUUUCUCGACUUAACUUGAAUCCUGCCAUUUCGUUUCUCCAAAAGAACUCGCAGUUUGGUGUGAGCUCUCUUGCAACAACGAACGACAACAUAGCUCAAGACAAGUGCCGUGACAGCACUAUCACGUACAACGUUACGUUACGCGGUGGGAUUGACGCAGGCAAUUUCACCGAGAGGCCUGGAGUGCUGUCGAUGCGAGAAUGUAUCGGCAAAUGUUGUGACGACACGUCAUGUGACCUCGCUUUCAUGUUCGGGGAUCACUGUUACUCUGUAGAGUGUCAAAGCGAAAAGCUCUGUCAAGCUGUGUUGGCUAAACCUUCUCAUCUUGAACCAAAAGUGUCUUAUGUUUCAAGGGGAUUCUAUGACGAUAAAGACAAAGGGACAAUGUUCUCCGCUAACGACCAGACGCCGACAUGUCGGGCAGACCAAAAGUCGCAAUCGGAGAUAUUCAGCAAUAAGACUUUAGUUGGAGGGUUAGAGGCGGGAAAGUUCAGUUUUGAGGGAGUUGUCAGUGAUAUGCAUAUGUGUAUGGAUCGCUGCUGUGCACAGCAAGGUUGUAAUGUCGCUUACAUGGUCGACAACAACUGCUUCUCUGUAGCCUGCUAUUCACCAUCCUUGUGUAAAAUAAGUGAUACGUCCUCGACGAAUGGCGACGUUGAGAUCUCCACCAUAUUGGAGAGCACUGCUGAAAGACCAGCGGAGAAACACUCCAUGGUGCUUUAUGUGAUAAUUGGUGUGGUCGGAUUCGCAGCCGGUGCAGGAGGGAUUUUAUGGGCCGUCUGCAUGUUUAUUCGACGGCAUCGUUUACGAUCAAGGCACAGACAGGAUACGAAGUAGCUUUUGGUGGGAAAGGAAAGACUUCACUUCGACGAGGCCUAGCAGCAAACAGGCUGAAAGAUGUCUGCUUUUACAAACAAUUGGAAUUAGUAAUUUUGCGUAGUUUCAGUUUGACUCCUUUUUAUAAAUUCAGCUUUCAAUCGAAUUCAGAACUUUCUUUAGGCGCGCCCAUAGAACCGCGAGAAUGCAGACAACAGAGGUGUUCCUCGUGACAAGAAGUGAUCAUUUCUAAUCUAAACGAAUGAGGCCUUUCCUUUUUGAACCGGAAGAAAUUAGUGGACUCGUUCGAUUGCCGUCUUCUGGUCUACUUAGGCGAUGCUAAGCCUAUGAACGUCUCUCAGUUCGUUAUUUUCAAGAUAGUAUACUGCAUUAAAGCGCUUUUUUUUGUAUUCAUUCAGUUCAACAUGCGCCUUGUAAAAGAACCACACUACAGCACUGAGCCCAUCGUAAAUCGCAUUUAGAGAUGAUUAGUGUAGUUUUCGUGCUAAAGCAGACAAUUUACUUCUAAGGUAAUUUUAGGCACAGACGUUUGUGAGAUGCGAGAGGCAAGUGGAAAUUGAGACUUCCUUUUCCCAGCGCUUACUCCAGAUUCUUUUUGUGUGCAUUCUUUGAUUUAAAAUGCAAUAACGACGACUUUCCAGUUUUUCAGUUGAUGUCGAAGCACGCCAAGAGUAGUUGCAUACUGUUUCCUGUUGCCACUUGCGUCUCAAGAGUGUCUCUGCUUUGUUAUGGGAGUCAAAUCAGCUCAUUGUUUCUCACGAAGAGAAGCCACCAUUUGCAUCAUGUUAGCUUAUGUUGUAAAUGGUUUGAAAUUCGAAUUUAUUUCGUGGUUGUACAAGAUUUAGAGCAAGGUGUCUUUUGACGUUUUUGAUCUAGAAAAAGAAGUACAGAGUAAUAUUUAAAAUUUUAGAGCUACAAGAGCAAAAGAAGUACGAGAGCCUCUUUAUUGCAGUUUUUUUUUUCUUCCUUGGUGUUAGCCGUGUUAUCAAAAAGCAUUUCAAAGUCAGUGAAGUUGAUCAGGAGAUAGUAGAGGCCGCAUGUUAGAUAAAGUUUGGCACCAAAUUUGAUCGAUGUCGUGAAUUGAAUAUUUUUUUAAUAAAAUAUAUUUAAACUUAA